AUGGCUCCAAAGCCAGCAGAGAAGAAGCCAGCGGAGAAGAAGCCGGCUGAGAAGGCCCCAGCGGAGAAGAAGCCCCGCGCCGAGAAGAAGCUGCCCAAGGAUGGCGCAUCCGCCGACAAGAAGAAGAAGAAGGCCAAGAAGAGCGUGGAGACGUACAAGAUUUACAUCUUCAAGGUGUUGAAGCAGGUCCACCCCGACAUCGGGAUCUCAAGCAAGGCGAUGGGGAUCAUGAACAGCUUCAUCAACGAUAUCUUCGAGAAGCUCGCUCAGGAGUCCUCCAGGCUCGCUAGGUACAACAAGAAGCCGACCAUAACGUCCAGGGAGAUCCAGACCGCCGUCAGGCUUGUUCUCCCCGGUGAGCUCGCCAAGCAUGCGGUCUCCGAAGGCACCAAGGCUGUCACCAAGUUUACCAGCUCUUAG